AUGUCCUGGUUCCGUCCUCCUCCACCGGGCACACAGCUCAGGCCUUGGGUGCCAGACCUGAUCUUUAUCCCGAUUUCGCGUGCCUUUGAACGUCUUGGAGUUUAUUUCUACAACAGAAUUCUUAACAAGACCGAAAUUGGUUUGUUUGAUAAGAGAUGGAACAAAAAUAUUCACGGUCCUUAUUGUCAUCACAGAUACUACGGCAAAUUGGAUACAAAGCUGUUCGACGUGAAGCUUGCUGAUCUUCCUGCUUGGAUUGGACGGCGUGAAAAGACUCCCUCUGCCUUCUACAACGAAUUCAUGCGAAACAUCUGGAGAGUACAUAACAAGUGGUAUUCGGGACCUGUAUACAAUAACACGGUGAAGACGAUCUUCCGUUUCAUCUUUGCCUAUUCGUUCCUGAACUGGCUCGUCAAAUCGCAUCGUUAUCUUGACUUCCAGAAGACUAUGUACCACUGGUAG